UAGAGGAAAACAAUCCCAGCUGACCCAGCGCGCGUGAAUUUUGUAAAGAAGACUUUCCUGGACGUUCCGGAAGCAAAAUCACCCCAAUGGAGCACUCAGCCCCAUCACAUUUUAUCAAUUUUGACGAUCAAAUCUCCUGCUUUGAGCUCUCAAGCCAUGAUUGGUCACAAAAUCUCUGCUGUGUCGCCCUAUCGAAUCGCAUCAUAGUCGGCAUCAUCCGGCUACCUGAAGAGGAGUCCCAGAGUGGUUUUGAAUGGCAAAUCCUCAAGGAAAUUCACCAUGAAACUCGUUGCUAUAGUCUCACCAUCUCCCCUGAGACAUCCCUUGCGGUAUUCCCAAAGAAUGUCGUGAUUGCUGCUGCGGGGGGAGAUUUCAACAUUCGCAUCUUCCAGACGGACUUGGAGGAAUGUCAUGGGGUGCGUAUGCUCAAGGGGCACACAAGCUACAUUAAUGCCGUCUCCUGGGAACCCGAUGGGGAACUACUCGCCUCCACGGGAGAUGACUACUCGUGCAUUUUGUGGGAUUGCCGGAAUUCCUUUGAGAUUGUCACGCGUUUCUUCCUCACGGCAGCUGGAAUGUGUGUCAAAUGGCAUCCGGAGGUGAAGGAUAAGCUCAUGGUGGCUGCCAAGAAUGGCAUAAUCAGCAUGUACAGCGUCAAGAGUGAUCAAGUCAUCUUGUCCAUUGAAGCACCCAAAUCCCCGCUCAUGAGUGCUGAUUGGUCCACAAAGAAUCGCCACUGCAUCGCCGCCCUUGCUGGUGGGGAACUCUUUGUUUGGGACCUCCGGAAGCCCAGUCGCCCCGUGAAUACGAAGCAACUGCACGAAGAUGGAGGCCUCAUGGUACGAAUCUCUCCUGCAAAUGAGAAUCUAACCGCCAGCAUUGGACGUCCUGAUCUCACACUCAAAGUAAUCCACUCCAAGGCUCAACUGCCCCAAAUUACAGCCCCAUUGAAGCUCUUUGGGGGCCUGGGGUGGCUCAAUCGACACGUAGCUGCUGCGUACGAUCGAAAACUCUGCUUGUGGAAUGUUCUGACCAAAUAAAAGAAUUUUCUCUUCCUUUCA